CGGCUUUUGAUCUAGAUGGAGCCAAAAAAGCGAGUUUGUGGUAGACAGAAUAAAGUUUCAUUUUUCAUACGUGCAUCGUGGACAAUAGUCAUCGAUUACAGACGAGGAAAGUUAGUCGCACGGACGCAAUUCCAACACCAAGCUUGUGUGAGGACUUUUCUUAAGAAGUUCGGAGGGGGAAGGUGUUCGGAAUGGAAAGGCAACUUGGGCUCGUUUGCAUUAUGAAAAGGGUUCCUCUCCCCAUAUUUUGUGUCAUAUCGAUAAUGUUGACAUUCUACCCUGGCUCGUCGAAUGCAAGUUGAUUUUGCUGGUAAUGUCUUCAGGUGAUGAACUAAAUGAUACAAGAGUACAUUUACUACUUGUUGGAACAAUAGUUCCAACAGCUCUGGGUACGCUCUUUGUGGCUGGACGUCUCUAUACUCGGGGUAUCAUCACUAGAAACUGGGGAUGGGAUGAUUUUUGCAUUGUUAUAGCAUGGAUUCUCACCGUAUCUAUUGCAGUCACCAAUUCACUCUUCUGUAGCUAUGGUGGUGGCCGUCACGUUGAGCUCCAGACUCAGUCAGACCUAAAACCCUUCUUCAUCCUCGCUUUCGUAUCUCGAAUCCUCUACCAAGUAUCACUUAUGAUGGUAAGAGUUGCCAUCUGUCUGGUCUAUUCACGAAUCUUUCAAGAUCGACUGAGUAGAAUCAUCGUAUAUAGUCUACUAGCUUUCCAAAUUGUAUCGACGAUUCCUCUUACGUUGAUUGUAGUUUUUCAAUGCGAUCCAAUUGUUUCACAGUGGGACUUCAGCGUGGAACAAGUUCGUUGUAUUGAUCCCUUGCCGGGAAUCAUUACUUUCACCACUUGUAGUGUUUUCAGUGAUGUGGCGCUUAUUCUUUUUGUCCUACCGAGAGUUUUACCACUCAAAAUCAACAAACGUCAAAAAGCAACACUAGUCGCAAUCGUCUGUUUUGGUAUCCUUGUCAUCAUCGCCUCGAUCGUUCGCUUCAUUCGCUCUAAACCUAUUUUCACACAGAGAGAUUACACGUGGGACCUGUGGGAAAUCACAACAUGGUCGAGUAUUGAACUCAAUACUGCAUUAUUCUGUGUUAGUGCUCCGUGUUUGAGACCCCUGGCCAGGAAAAUGGUGCCCGAUAUCACGUGGUUGAAGAGCGCGGUGACUGCGAGUAGGAGUCAGACGACGACAGCUGGAGGGAGAAGAAAGAGCUUGGCUGUGGGUUCGCAGGGGAAUAAUGGGAAAGGGAAAAUAGGAGAAGAAUUGCCGCAAAAUGAUUUUAGAAUGGCGUCGAGAUUCACGGUGGGUGGAUCGCGGAGCUCUCUUAAUAAUAAUCGGCCUGGAGGGAGGAAGGAACGGAGUAAGGGGAGAGGAAGAGAGGAGUGGGAAAUGAGUGUACUUGGUUCGCGAAAGGGGUCGAGUGCUAUAGGGGAUGAGGAGGAUUGGAUUGGUCUUGUUGAUGAGGGGACAGAUGAAGAGGAGAGGAUUAGGAAUAGGGUGCGGGCUUUGAGCGUUCCGGUUGUGGGAGUUAGGACGGAGACCAGUACGAAAGAGCCCUAAUUUUUCUGAGGUGCUUUUUUGAGGUGGUUUUAAUGGCGCAAUUUCCAAUGACCGAAUGGACGGCUGGAUGCCAGGGACUUCCUGAAACUCGAAGCAGGGCGUUUAUUAUGUAUACCAACUAUACCACUUUUUUGGAAACGGAAAGGACUGAAAGGGAAAGCAGAGGGGGCGGUUAAAAAGUCCGAAGAGAAGAUAUUCCAGCCAUAAAUCUGUAUACUUAAUUACCAAAGAAUAGAGGCUCACAAU